UGCAACUCAGACUCGGUGGUCUCCAGGCAGCUCCAGUUUGGGGUGGCUCGGCAGGGAGAACCGCAAGCCCCCAAGCGAUCCGUCUGUGGCUUCUCCCGUAAAAAGAUCCAGGAACGCGCUCUGCCGGCAAAAUUGGACUGCACCGGCUUCCGACGACAAGCCAGGGACUGAGAGUCUCGGAGUCUCGCACGACAAGUGAGCGCCCCCAGGGGAAGGACGGGCCAGGGUCGCCACCCGGACCUCCAUGGCCGCGCCCGCCCGCCGCCUGUGCCAUGUGGCCUUCCAUGUGCCCGCGGGACUGCCCCUCGCCUGGGAUCUGCAGCGCCUCUUCGGCUUCCAGCCCCUGGCCAUGCGGGAAGCAGACGGCUGGCGGCAACUGGCUCUGCGCAGUGGCGACGCGGUCUUUUUGGUGAACGAGGGCGCGGGACCUGGGGAGCCGCUGUACGGCUUGGACCCGCAUCAUGUGGUGCCCAGCGCCACGAACCUGUGCUUCGACGUGGCCGACGCGGGCGCCGCCGCCCGGGCGCUGGAGGCGCAGGGCUGCAGCGUGCCGGUCCCCCCUGUCAGCGUGCGGGAUGAGCAUGGCGCCGCCACCUACGCGGUGGUCAGCUCGCCGGCCGGCAAUCUCAGCCUGACGCUGCUGGAGCGCACUGGCUUCUGCGGGCCCUUCCUGCCGGGCUUUAGACCUGUGCCUUCGGCACCCGGCCCGGGCUGGGUCAGCCACGUGGACCACCUGACCUUGGCCUGCACCCCCAGCAGCUCCCCAAAACUUAUGCGCUGGUUCCACGACUGUCUAGGCUUUCGCCACCUGCCACUGAGCCCAGGUGAGGAUCCGGAGCUGGGCCUGGAGGUGGCAGCAGAGUCCGGACGCGGGGGUCUGAGGCUCACCGCCCUGCAGGCCCCUGUGGGCAGUGAUGUCCCCACCCUUGUGCUGGCAGAGUCCUUGCCGGGGGUCACCAGCGGACAGGACCAGGUGGAGCAAUUCCUGGCCCGGAACAGGGGACCUGGACUGCAGCACGUGGGGCUGUACACACCGAAUAUCAUGCAAGCCACGGAGGGGGUGGCAGGGGCCGGGGGUCAGCUCCUGACUCCUCCUGAGGCCUACUACCAGCAGCCAGGCAAGAAGCAGCAGAUCCUGGCUGCAGGGCAUGAGCCUAGCCUGCUGGCCCGACAGGGGGUCUUGCUAGAUGGUGAUGGAGGCAAGUUUCUGCUUCAGGUCUUCACCAAGUCCCUCUUUGCAGAGGACACUUUCUUCCUGGAGCUGAUUCAGAGGAAGGGGGCCACUGGAUUUGGCCAGGGCAACAUUCGGGCCCUGUGGCAGUCUGUGCAGGAGCAUGCUGCCAGGGUCCAGGAAGGUGGGUGCAGCCGCCUGUCCUAGGGCACUGGGAAGUCCAGCACAGGGCCUGCUGAAACUGGGAGACAUCCACAGAAGGCCUGGAGUGAAAGGUUUAGUCUUUAGGGGCCAGGUUUGGCCUCCAUCUUCUUGGUAACUGCCAGAAGUUGAACCUGGCAGGACCCACCUCUCACAGGGGUCCAAAAAGGUGGGAUUUUUUUUUUUUUGACCUGAGAUGUUUCUCAUAUUGUCUAUAUCUAAUAAAUAUACAAAAUGUAAAGAAUAAAGGAGUUACACAAUUAGGAAAUAGAACAUAACCAAUAUUUUUGAA